UUAUUGAAAAAAAGCAAUUGUAAGUCGGAGCCAGAGGAGAGUAUCGGAUACGUGGUACAAGAUGUCUUACCUACAGACUCAGGUCAUCAGCCACACUCGUAAGGUUUGUUCUCUAUAUAAGAGAGCUCUGAGGAACACUGAAGCAUGGUAUGAUAGUCGACCCAUGUUUCGGUACCGGGCUGUAUUAUUGCGGGCAAGAUUUGAGGAAAACAAAAAUAUAAAGGAUUUGCGAGUAGCUGCUCAACUGUUGGAUGAAGGAGAGAAGGAGCUUUUCAGUCUACAGCAUUAUCAACCACGGCAGUUUCCUCAUUCUCCUGGUGGUGUGGCAUAUGGGCGAGUUGUGGAGCCACCUGACUGGGUCUUGGAUUAUUGGCACCCAAUGGAAAAGGCAGCGUAUCCAGAAUACUUUGCUAGACGAGAGCAGCGCAAGAAAGAGUAUAUUGAAUGGUGGGAAAAGACAUAUGGCAAACCAGUUGAACAGUCCCAUUAAUAGCAAUACAAUGCAAUAUUUUGUUCCACAGCAAAUUGCAUAUUGUGUAUAUAGAUAUGAAUGAAAGGAAAGGGUUCUAUCAAUUUUAAUAUAAUGCAUUACUCUUAAAAAAAGUUAUACACUGAAAAUCUUGUACAGUGGACUUUGAGCAUUCUGAAAAUGUAGCAGUGAAAGAAACUAAUAAUAAAAAUAUAGUGUAUAAA